GCCGCUUCAACUGACUGCAGGUUCAAAGUUGAUCAGAUUAAGUGCAUUUGUGAUCCUCCCUCGUACACACUCAGCCUGGGCACAGUGUGAGAACAGCUCCCACAGAGAGACAAAAUCCCUUUUCGAGGUUGGCACGAUGGCCCAGUCAUCAGACAACAAGGUUCUGGUCCUGGGUGUGUUGGCUGGAGCGGCUGGCCUCAGCCUGGGCGCCGUGGCAUUGUACAACAGCCGGAGGGCCAUGCCACAGAGUGGACACAGUGAGCAGUACCUCAGCAGUAAUGACCAGCGGGCGGCUGGAGCCAGUAUGGUGGUGGGGGGAAUGCUGGGUCAGGCUGAGGUUCUAGAUCGUCUCGGAGCCCUGAUCCAGUGUGUGUCAGAACUGAAAGAUGAGGUUCGGGCGCUAAAGAGUGCCAUCCCAAAGCUGCAGGAACACGUGAGGGAUGAGCUGAGAGGACGCAGCGGCGUGGCCGAGGGGGGCGUGGCUCGCAUCAGGGCAGGCCCACCAAACCGCACUAUACCCACACGCAGGAGGAGAGUAGCCAGAGCUGAAGGCCAAAGCUCAGAGGAGGGGGCUGAGAGUGAAGGAGGGUACAUUACGGCUCUGACAGACUCUGAGGAAGAAGAGAAGAGUGAGGCUGAUGAGAGUCAGGAGGAAGUGACAGUGAUCGAGCCUCUGGACGAGUUCUCAGCCCUCCUGGAGAGGGUGGACGCUCUACACAACGGCACGGAUGGAGACAAGAGGGAGUGCCUCCGCACCAUGCUGGAUAAGAGGACAGAGUUUGGACAGAACACUACUUUCUUAUGGCGACUAGUUCGGGCCUAUGUGGAUGUCCACGACAUCACUACCAACCUAGAGCAGAAGAAGACCCAUGCAGAGACGGGGAAGAAAGUUGGAGAGGAAGCCGUGAAGAUGAACCCUAUGUGUGCCGAAAGUCAUCAGUGGUACGCCAUAAUGUGUGGAAUCAUGACAGAGUACGAGACUGUGCAGAACAGGAUAAAGAAUGGCUACAUCUUCAAAGAUCAUCUGGAUAAGGCCAUCGAGCUGAAACCACAGGAUCCUAUGUCUUACUACCUGCUGGGCCGCUGGUGCUAUGCUGUGGCUCAGCUGUCCUGGAUCGAGAGGAAAAUCGCUGCCACAUUGUUUGGAGAGCCUCCAAGUGCCACGGUCCAAGAUGCGCUGAAGAACUUCCUCAAGGUGGAGGAGAUCCGUCCCAAGUACUCCAAGUUAAACUAUGUGUUUUUAGCCAAGUGUUACAGAGACCUGGGGCAGAAAGGUCAGGCCAGGAAGAUGUGGGAUGCUGCUGCCUCCAUGGAAACCGUUUCCAAAGAGGAUGAGGAGGCACAGAAGGAGCUUGACUACCUUCUCCCUGCGCUAGGUGUUUAUUGAGGACGUUUCGAAAUGGUUACGUCCUCUCGCUAGGGAGAUACCCAGGAUCCUCUUCACUGGAAGCCACACUAUGAAUGGAAUCCAAAUCAAUGUCUUCUUUGAUUACUGAUGGGACAGUACCUUCAAUGGGGGCUUCAACAUUUUUGAAAUACCGGACUCUUGCUAAUACUCUCUGGGAUUGGAGAUGACUGGAUCGGCUGUGCACGCUAGGGAUCAGUGUUCUGGAGAACAAGUUUAUCACAGACACAGCUUGAUGUCUUGUAAAAGCAGAUAUCAAAAUUCUUUGAGAUCUGUUUGCUAAAGAGAUUGUGGUAAAAGGGACAGUUUUGACCUAUCAGCAAGCAGUUACACCCAGAAUCCAAUUUCAUUGGCUGUUCCUAUCUUUGAUGUAUGUCAAUCAAUGGUGUUCAAUGGGAUGUAGAUUAUCUCCCAUCUCACCUUGAAGCAAUCUGCAGUCGAGUGUGGAGGACCAGGCAAUACUGUAGCUAGAAAAUAUUUGAAUAAUUGGUUUCAGAAAUGAAUAUGGUCCCCUGUUAACUGCAUACGUAUCAAUAAUUAUUCUUGAUUCGUUUUUUUAUUACACUGAAAUAGCCUAGCCUAAGAACUGCUUUAAAAGAAAAAUGUUGAUGCCUGUUCUUUCUGUUUUAACCCAUCUACCAAUAAGUGCAUUGGAAAACAUCACUGGUCUUUGUGGUUGAAUCUGUUUGAAAUUCACUGCUCGACUGAGGGACCUUGUAGAUAAUUGUA